AUGCCAGACAUUUCCAAUAUGUAUGAUAAGACGCCUAGGGGCAACCAUUGGAUUGGGACGAGUUCUUCACAGUUUUCACAAUAUAGAACAUCUGCUAAUACUUCUCGACGUGGACAAGGUUCUGCUAAUGAUGGUACAAGCUCCGACAUGAGUGGAGGGUAUGCAUCUGGCCGUGGCAGCAAUGAUGUUGGGAGAGAUUCCAGUGCCUAUACAGGCAAGGUGAGUUAUUCUAGAUUUGAGUCCAGAUCUGGGAAAUCAGGUGUUGAUUUGAAUCAACCUUUGAUUUCUACCGAAGUGGUUGAAGCUGCAAAACAACGUACUUUGGCGUUGAUUGUUUUCAUCAUUAUUCAGUUAUAUAAGUUUUAUGAUUUGGUUUUGUUAAAAUCAGGUUUGCCAAUAUCAGGAUUUGUAUUUGUAAACCAAAGAACAACAUUUGUUAGUAAAUAUUUAUUGAUUGAUUCAUUAUUUUUCUAUGUCCUAUCAACUUUUAAGAUACCAAAAUUAGUUUUCAAAUCGUGGGUUAUACUAGUACAAAUUGUACUGAUGUCGCUAAUAACAAUCGGUAUUUCCAGUCACACAGAUUUUGUUUUGAUUUCUUCGAUCUUAGCCCUGUGGAAAAGAUUAAAUACAAAGGAAUUAAGUGUUUUAGGAACUUCGGUUAACCAGCGCUCAUUAUUCGAUUCUUCUGCCCAUUUUAAAGGUGCUUUAACGAUUAAAAUUUUACCAGAAAAUACAGCAAUGUUAAAUCCAUUCCAUAGUGCCUAUUGUUUCCCAGUUGAUAACUCUCUAUUCGAAAUAAAUAGCAUUAAGGUUCCUAUUAGAAUCAACUCAACUGCUGAAAUUCACUCUAUUCAAUUGGAACAUAGAGACAUAUUUACAAAUGAAAGAGAAUUGUUGAAUUUGACAAAAAAUGAUUGGAAAUUAAUGACAAAUAUAGAGGAUUAUGCAGGAAUGGCUGGCAUUCCAUUAUCAACAGAUGUAUUAAAGGAAGAAGCAAAAACUUCAAUUAAAUAUCUUUCAGUACCAUUACCAAGAACUGGGUUUUACCAAAUCAAAUCAAUUGUUGACUCAAAUGGUUUGAACUUGAGAAUAUUUAAUUCUCAUAUUAUUGUUCCACAAUGUCCUGUUGCAAAAAUAUCUGGAUAUGGUGCUUCUGAUAGAUGUAUUGGUGACAAUGAUAAAGUACAAAUCGAAGUUCAAGGUGUAGCACCAAUGAAACUUGCUUACACAAAAUCUGUUAAUGGUGAGGAACAAUACUUCUACGAUUCUAACUUACAGCCAGAAUUAUUUGAAUCUCCUUUACACUCUAAUACCAAAACUUCAUUUUCUGUAAGCGAUUUAGCAGAUUUAUCGUGGGCCCAAAAUCAGAAUGUGAUGAUUAAUUUAGACUCUAUGAUUAAUAGCAAUGGUGUUCAUAGAUACAGCAUGGUCAAAUUAAUAGAUGGUUUAGGCAAUGUUAUGGAUUUUUCAAAACUAGAAGAUGAUUCCAGUAAAAUUCUUCACUGUUCGUAUGACUUUAAUGUUCACUCAAUUCCCAAGGCUAGUUUGGAAGAAGUAAUUGAUUCAAAGUCCCCUACAAAGAGAUCUAUUAUUCUACAUUUUGAGGAAGAAAGAAAUUCGGUUAAAGGUUCAACUUCUGAGUCUAACCAAUAUUCCGCUAAGUUUUCCUUUUUGUCAACAGAUGGUAAAAAGAAAUAUUUUGAAGUUUCAACAAAUACCUCAACAUAUGAUUUCCCAGCUGAGUAUCCAGGUACAUUUACAUUAGAAUCGGUAAAAUCGAACUAUUGUGCUGGUGUUAUUGUAGGAAAGUCAAAUGUGCUAAUUUCGCAACCAGUUUUACCCCAACUAAAAGUUUCAGGUACACCAAUUCUUGAUAAAUGUGUCGGUCAAGUUGGAUUAAGUUUCGAUUUGACUUUUUCAGGUAUCCCGCCAUUUUACUUUAUUACAAAGAUUUAUAAAUAUGAAAAUGGUGUAAAGAAACUUUUUGACAGAAAGAGAUAUAAAUCACCAAGUACUAGAUACCAAUUUAAUUAUAAUCCUACUACAGAAGGAAAUUAUGAAAUAGAAUUUGACAAUUUGACAAACGAAUUAUUUACAGAUCCAAUCUCAUUGAGCCCCAAAUCAGAGUAUAUGUUUAAGACAUCAAUGAGGGUUAAGCCAAGGGCAAGCUUGACUAGCUCAUUUAGUAAGGCAUUAUGUCUUGGUGAUAGCACGGAAUUAUCUGUCAAAUUAAUCGGUGAACCCCCAUUUAAACUAAAGUAUGAUAUUAUCGAUAUUUCUUCAAAUAAAAGAAAAUCAUUUAGUGUGGAUGAUAUUGAAACAAACGAGUAUAAUAUUAAAACUCCUGCUUUCAGCACUGGUGGUGAUUAUAUUCUAUCGUUAGCAACUAUUGAAGAUGCUUCGGGUUGCGUAGUUCCAUUAACAGAAUCUGAUGCAAAGAUUAAGGUAAGAAGAGAUACGCCAUAUGCCUCAAUUAAUACAAGAGAAAAACAAGCUAAAUUUCAGAUUAAAGAAGGAUCUGUUUCUGAAAUCCCAUUAAAAUUAUCUGGUGAAGGUCCAUUCUUUGUGAAGUAUGUUCACAUUGAUUCUAAUGGUAAAACCUUAGGCACUUUAGAGAGCCGUUUUGAUUCCAAUUAUAAGACGGUUUUAAAAUUGUUUAAGGAAGGUACGUAUAAGUUGGUUUCGAUGUCAGAUUCUAGCUGUAAAGGGGACAUUAUUAAUCCUGAAAAUGUUGUAUCAGUAUCAUAUUUGGAAAAACCUGCUUUUAAAGUGGUAGAACAAAGUAAUAUUAAGAAGACCAAAAAGAAUCUAUUUUUUGGAAAAUCUGUUUGUCAGGGUAUUCAAGGAUCGGUAGAUAUCUUAUUAUCAGGUUCUCCUCCAUUCAAUUUGAAAUAUGAUUUACUAUCACCAGAUGGAAUUGUGACUGAAAAAUCUAUGCAAGUUACUACUAAACACGCUACUAUCAAAUUCCCUGAGCAUAUUGCAGGUGAAUAUGUAGCUACAAUCAAGAGUGUCUCUGAUAGCAAUUACAAUGAAAGUGAUAUGAAUAAAUCAUUUAUUCAAACUAAAGAAAUUACAAUCAAACAGCUGGUUAACCCUACUCCAGUUGUUUCAUUUUCAGAACUAGGUAAAACAUACAGGACUUGUAUUUCUAAUAUAGAACAACAUGACUUACUUGAGAAGAUUUCUCUUCAGUUAGUGCAAGGCUCUGAACCAUUUGUUGUGACAUUUAAUGUUUACCACGAAAGUACUGGUAGAACAGAAAGGAUUAUUUUGAAAAAUGUAACUAAGGAUUCAUUUCCUUACGAAAAUCUAUAUAAAGAUUUGAAGCUUGGUUCCCAUGAUAUUACAAUAGAAAGUGUUGUUGAUUCUAAUGGGUGUUCUAAUUACUUUCAUGCUUCGGAAAAUGAACAUAUCAUCAUUUCUGUCACCGAUGCUCCAAAAAUACAAUUGUUGGACCCAUCUGCCUCUUAUUGUGUUGGUGAUUAUGUUUCAUAUCAAUUAACAGGAUCUGCGCCAUUCACAAUUAAAUAUCAAUUUAAUGAAAUGCAUUUAAAGGCUACAGAGCACUCUACGCAAUUUAUCCGGUUGGCUUCUGAACCAGGUAUCAUCUCUGUUAAUUCAAUUGCUGAUGCCUCAUCUCAAUGUCAGGUUAAUUUCACAAUGCCUAGUAUGCUGAAUGAGUAUGAAAAGCUAUCUUUGGUAAUUCAUCCUAUUCCUUCUGUCACUGUUUCACAAGGUAAGUAUUUAAUUGAAGAUAUCCAUGAAGGUGAUCAAGCUGAAGUAGUAUUUUCUUUUGAGGGUACACCUCCUUUUUCAUUGACUUACGUAAGAACAGAAGAAAGUCCAAACGCUCAAAAGGCAGGUAGUCCGCAUAUUAUUGAAACGCAUAAAGUUACAGAUAUUUAUGGUUACGAAUAUAGAGUGAAGACAAGUCUACAAGGUACUUAUGAAGCUAUAGAGAUUUCUGACGCAUACUGUUUUGCCAAGAAUGAUGCAUUUUUUCAGUAG